CUUUGGCCAAACUACUUGACCACAAUGACCGUUGAAAGUUACAAAUCAGUGGUUCCUACCAGCUGUAAGAGGAGACAUCCCUCCAGGCUGUGCUGCCCACGGAUUUGUCUGUGAUGGUACCAGAAUAUUAGUAUUUGGGGGAAUGGUUGAAUAUGGAAGAUACAGCAAUGAGUUAUAUGAAUUACAAGCAAGUCGUUGGUUAUGGAAAAAAGUGAAACCCCAUCCCCCUUCUUCUGGUUUACCUCCUUGUCCUCGACUUGGACAUAGCUUCUCUUUAUAUGGUAACAAAUGCUAUUUGUUUGGUGGCCUGGCAAAUGAGAGUGAAGAUUCAAACAAUAAUGUUCCCAGAUAUUUAAAUGAUUUCUAUGAGUUGGAGCUACAGCAUGGUUCUGGUGUUGUGGGUUGGAGCAUUCCAGUGACUAAAGGUAUUGUGCCUUCUCCAAGAGAAUCCCACACAGCUGUUAUAUAUUGCAAAAAGGAUUCUGGAAGUCCUAAAAUGUAUGUUUUUGGCGGAAUGUGUGGUGCUCGCCUGGAUGACCUAUGGCAACUUGACCUAGAAACUAUGUCAUGGUCAAAACCAGAAACUAAAGGGACAGUGCCACUUCCGCGAAGCCUCCACACAGCCAGUGUUAUAGGAAACAAGAUGUACAUUUUUGGUGGAUGGGUUCCACAUAAGGGGGAGAACAUUGAGACUUCAUCUCAUGAUUGUGAAUGGAGAUGUACCAGUUCAUUUUCUUACCUGAAUCUGGAUACAGCAGAGUGGACCACCCUAGUAUCAGAUUCUCAGGAAGAUAAAAAAAAUUCAAGACCAAGACCAAGAGCUGGACACUGUGCUGUUGCAAUUGGCACAAGAUUGUAUUUUUGGAGUGGAAGAGAUGGUUACAAAAAAGCACUGAAUAGUCAAGUUUGCUGCAAGGAUCUUUGGUAUCUUGAUACUGAGAAACCACCAGCACCAUCACAAGUACAGCUGAUCAAAGCCACUACCAACUCUUUUCAAGUCAAGUGGGACGAAGUGCCCACAGUUGAGGGCUAUCUUCUGCAGCUGAACACAGACCUGCCAUACCAAGCUAUGUCAUCAGAGUCUUCAGCAGCUCCAAAUAUGCAAGGAGUCAGGAUGGACCCUCACAGACAAGGCAGUAACAGCAUCAUUCCUAACAGUAUCAGUGAUACAGUAAACAGUGCAAAAACUGACCAUACAGCCAUGAAAGAAACUUUAAUGAAACACAAACCAGACUUUAAAGCAUUGACGGAUUCUAAUGCGAUUUUGCAUUCCUCUUUGGCAUCUAAUGCUUCUAAUCACAAUAGUUGUGUGGUGGAUAUGCUAAGGAAAAAUGAAGGUCCUCACACUUCAGCAAAUGUAGGUGUUCUAAGUAGUUGCCUGGACGUAAGAACAGUAAUUCCUGAAACUUCUGCAUCCAGUACUGUUUCCCGCGCACAAACUAUGGUAACCCAGCAGACCAUUAAAACUGAGUCAUCCAGUACAAAUGGGGCAGUUGUUAAAGAUGAAACUUCACUCACAACAAUCAGUACCAAAUCUGAAGUUGAUGACAUAUGUGCACUGCCUGCAACUAAGAUCAGCCGUAUAGAGAUGCAUGUGGCAGCAAUGCCAUUUCCUAAAGAGACUCCUUCACAUCCAGUGGCCACAAUGAAAACAGGAGAACGACAAUGGUGUGAUGUGGGAAUUUUUAAAAAUAAUACAGCUUUGGUGAGCCAGUUUUACUUGCUGCCAAAAGGGAAGCAAAGCAUCUCAAAGGUAGGAAAUGCAGACGUCCCUGACUACAGUUUACUUAAGAAACAAGAUCUUGUUCCAGGCACAGGAUACAGAUUCAGGGUUGCUGCAAUCAAUGGUUGUGGAAUAGGCCCUUUCAGCAAAAUCAGUGAAUUUAAAACUUGUAUUCCUGGUUUUCCUGGAGCUCCAUCUGCAGUCAGAAUUUCAAAGAAUGUUGAGGGCAUCCACCUUUCCUGGGAGCCUCCAACUUCACCUUCUGGAAAUAUUUUGGAAUAUUCGGCCUACUUGGCUAUCCGCACAGCACAGAUACAAGAUAACCCAAGUCAGCUUGUGUUUAUGAGGAUUUACUGUGGUCUGAAGACAUCAUGUAUUGUAACUGCUGGGCAACUUGCAAAUGCACAUAUUGAUUAUACAUCCAGGCCUGCCAUUGUGUUCAGGAUAUCAGCAAAGAAUGAAAAGGGAUAUGGACCAGCAACACAAGUUCGGUGGCUUCAAGGUAACAAUAAGAAAGCACCUUUAAAUUGAUUUUUUUUUUUAUUGAAGCUAUUGUGCUGAUAAUUAUUUAUUAGUAACUGGUUAUGAAGAUUUGUCAUUUAAAAAAGUAUUCUCUGUAUUUCUAGCAGUUAUGAACUUGAGUUUGUAAAUUGUUCUUAAAAUGUAUUUGCUCAAUUCUAGAUCCAAAUAAAAACAGAAAAGAAGCAAAGACUC